GGAUGAACGACGGGCGCUGCUUGACGCUGUUACCUGGUGUUACGUGCCACAGAAGCACUAACCGGUCGGUCAGUAUAUCGUCUCGUUCCUGCCCUUGAACAACGCUCGCCUGCUGUUCGACGUGUCCCGCGCCAGCUUGCGCCCCAGAAACUCGCACGCGUCAACUGACAGAUUGAGAAGUACAAGGCUGAAUCAUGUCGAGUCCGUCGUUGAAGGACCUGCCCAAAGUAGCUUUAGAUCUGAAAAGCGAAUUGGAAGGUUUCAAUCAUGGUUGCAUGAAAAAAGCUGCCACUGCUGAGAAGAAUGUUUUACCUUCCGCCGAAGACGUACGACAGGAGCGGCAGCAUUCUGAGUUGAUACAUGGCGUGGAAACCUUUAAGACAGAUCAGUUGAAGCACGCUGAUACGAAAGAGAAGAUUGUGUUGCCUAAUGCCAAAGACGUCGCCGCGGAGAAGACCCAGCAAACAUUGAUUGCCGGCAUCGAGAAGUUUGACACUGCAAGUCUGAAGCAUACCGAGACCCAGGAGAAGAACCCGCUACCCGAUAAAGAUGCGAUUCAGCAAGAAAAGGGAAAACAACAACUGAUUUCCGGUAUUGAGAAUUUCGAUCCAGCGAAGUUGAAGCAUGCGGAAACCCUCGAGAAGAAUCCUCUGCCCACCAAAGAAGCGAUCGAUGCCGAGAAGAUAGCCGCUUAGAGAAGCUGCCGAACGAUAAAAAGACGAAGGAAAGGAAUGGGGACGGUGUGACUCGUCGCUUCUUCCAUUUUCUAUAUCCGUGACAUUUUAUAACAAUUAUUCAUACAUUGCCAAGGAAACGAAAAGCGCGAAUGUGAAGCACUGUGUUAGUUGUAAUGCUAUGAUUAUACUUAUCCUAUCGCCAUUCUCGGAUGUUCUCCUUCUGGCGAGAUUAAAAGACUAUCCAAAAUAUCCAACGUUAAAUCAAGUGGCCGAUGGCGAUACCGCUGCUGCCUGUCCUAUCGGUAUAUGUCUCAAUAGAGACAAUUCGACAACAAUUAGGCAAUGACGAGAAUGAGAGCAGAUCUAAAUGGCAGUAAGCCCUUAUCUCGCUGCAAGUUUCUUAUAACUUGCCUCCUCGCUACAUCUAUUUGUUUUGUUCCUAUUAUUACAUCUUCCAAGCAGUGUUUGAGAUAGUUGCUUAAAAAGAGAGAGAGAGAGACUUGUAGAAAAAAAAUUAGUAAAUGUAGCGAGUCAGAAAAUUAUUUUGCGAGACGAGGAAGACAAAGGUUUAACCCGAUAAAUCGCGGAAUACCGUAUGGAAUCGUCAUCUCGCCGAAGGAUGUAGUUUUUUUUACACCGAGAGAGCUGCAUGCGCGAGUAUAUUCGUUAUUUUCGAUAUAGCAGGCAAAAUUGUCGGUGGUAUUGCAUGAUGCGUUUAUAGCAGACAUUGCGGAAGUACACAAACACACAAUGAUCGAUCUUAUAUUUAUGUAUUGUAAAAAUCAUAUUUUGUAUAAACGGGCUAUUGUACUUUUUUAAUAUUUCGUACACAUCGCAUUGUCAUUUCGACGAAAUUAUUAUGAGGAAUAAAAAAAAGUAAUUUGUACAAAAGCGGCGUUCGCUUCUUCCUUGGUCCUAAUUAAAUAUCAUUAAC